AUGUCGGAUCAAAAGAUGCUCUUCAAACCCCGCAAGUUCGGCAAUGCCGACUCGGCGGUUUUUACUAGAAAAUCUUUCUUGGCCGACUCGACCACUGAAGCUCCGUCCUUUUCUGGUCUCACAAACAUUGGUGUUUAUUCUGGAGUUGAACUCACAAAGAAUGACAAGUAUUGUGUCUCUAAACUUCCCGCAUGUCCCCCAAUAUUGAGCAGCAACAACAUGGAUGAGUCCAACGAGCUCUUAAAUGGCUACGCGGAUAAUACCUCCAAGUGUGCUUUGGUUAUUGGCGAUAGAGCCAUCAAUGUUUGGCCCUACAAAUCCACAGAUGAUGUUCCCCUUACCUUUGAAUUCCCGUUGCAGGACGAAAACCAGGGCUUACAGUUGGCGAUUUUGACUCUGCCAACACCUGGAUCUACCAUAGACCCAGGUUUAGUUAUUAUCAAUUCCAUUUCAGGUUACGUUCGUUUUUACGAAAGUCUUCAGCAUGCACCAGCUUUGGGACUCAUAAACAGCAAGCUAAUAGAGACGACAGUACCUAUUCUGCUGGCUCAAGGUGAAUGUAUCACUGUGGCUGAAAAUGUCGAACCUGCUGGAGUGGUGGUUGCUACAUCUUGGAAACGGGUAGUUCUCAUUUUGUUGCGGGACUUCAAAGGCGCUCCAAAGUUGUCUUUGGUGGAACUCUCCGCGCCAUCAAAGUCAUUCAGGUUGCUUUCUGGCUGGUUCAAACGUGGUGAUGGCGACCACCUUUCCGACGAGAUCGUGUCAAUCAAAACGGGAAGAAUCACAGGUAAUGGUCUGGCUCAGGAGAUUAUCAUCCAAGAUGCUGCAGGUGCCUUCAAAAAGGUUUUCUUCCAAUUCUCAGCUACUGGCUCUCCUCACAUUAACCAUAGAAGAACCUUGAACUUUAACUUACCUUCAUACUUGGAGAAUAACAUCGAUGGUUUCAUUCCCGGUGCAGUUAUCGAUGUGAAAUAUCUUGACCUAUGGCCGUUGCGCCCACAAGUCGAUCUGGAUUCGGACUCACAGCUCUUUGAUGACUUGUAUACUGCAUUGAUUUGCGUACAGAGCUCCAUACAUGGUACAGACGUAAAACGGCUUUUGUUGGUCACCAUGAAAAUUAAUGAUAGUGGCGUUUUAGUGUAUGGCUCUCACCAACUUCCUCAAGUCGACACAAGCUUGUCAGAUUCUCUGGUUGUUAAACCACGUCUUUUCAUUCCAAGACCCGGUGCGACUGCUUUUGUUGUCGUUGGGAAUUCCAUUAUCUUGACCGACAUGAACACCAAGUUCUUGACUAAAGCAUCCACUGCUACAUUCCUGUACUUCAAACCAAAAUGGGAAGACACAGUUAAUCUUAAAUCUUCGGUCGAAGUCAUUGGGUUAGGUUACGAGGAUAAAGCAACAGAGUCCAAUCCGUCCUUAGUUUUAAUAACUCGAGAUUAUGGUGUUUUGCGGGUUGAGCGCUUUACUGAUAAUACUGAUGAUGUCAAAGAAAACAUUGAAGAUACAUCUAUUGAUCCAACAGAUCCUGUCUACUUACUCAAAUCUCGCAUACAACAAGCUAUUUACUAUCAUGACUCUUCUGUCGUUGACUUCAAUGUUUCUGAAGGUUACGCAGAUGAAGUUAUCAGCACUGCAACCAAGUCCGUUAUCUCUGAGAUUCUAGACAGUUCUUCGCCUUAUCUUCCAUCUAUAUUCGCAAGCACAAGAGAAUCUUUCAUUGUGCGCAUUAAUCUCAUGCAUCAGCUCAUUGCAUUUGCUCAGGAGAAUUUUGACAAUUCGUGGUUUAUUGUACCAGAGAUUGUCUACGCGUUGGAAAAAUUGGCAGUUUCUGAAGGUCUUUGGAAUUUGGUGGAUGUGGAAACCCCUGAAGCAUCGCUUUUAAAAGAGAAAUUAGUUUAUUUCAUGCAAAGCAAGAGCUUUGUUAACACAUCAACUAAUCAAGACACUCUCAGAACAUUUUUCGCGAAAAAUGUCGAUAACAUUCUUGACGUUUUGACUGGUUUCAUUGAGUUUUUGCAUCAGAAUGACUUUUCAACAGCAGCAAUACUCAAGAUCUUGGAGACAACUUUAUAUGAAGCUGUUUUUGUUAACGAGGAACGGUAUGUUUCUCAAACUACACAAAAAACGGCCGUCAAGAACUGGAUUUUUGAUUCCAAGUUGUUAAUUGUUGCCGAAGAUAUCUACAGCAAUGCUUAUUGCUCCUCAAAUAAGGAGUUUGAGUAUCUUUCUUCGACACCAAGCCGUAUGCAAUUAGUACACCUAACUGAAGCUUUAUACUAUUUGGUCAAUUCUGCGGUGAAAUACAUGAAAGAAUCAAACGAUGAUCAACUUACUGAAUACCAAAAAUGGUAUACAAACAGGAAAAGCCAGUGGGUGAAUGCAAUGCUCAAACAUGGAUUGGUUAAUGAUGCUUUGCGUAUCACUGAAAAAUACCACGACUUUUUGUCGGUUGCUGCAGUUUUAGAAAAAGAAAGAGACCAAACAUCUCCAGAGUAUAUUGAGGAACACAUUCGUCGCUUCAUGGAAAAAUAUGGAUACGAAUUUGCAGCAGACUUAUUUUCCUACUAUUUGGAAGCUGAUAAGAUUCACCGUUUAAUCCUCGACUGUGGUUCAUUUCAAGAAUAUCUUGAAAUGUUCUUCAAGAAAAACCACACCAAAUCUGCGAAAGUUGCAUGGAUCCAUUACUUAUUGGUGAGUAAGUUUGAGGAGGCAGCUAAGGGGUUGAUGACUCUCUCCAACAGCAAAGAGAUGGAUAACCAAGAAAACAGAGAGCUUAAUCUUUCGUUGGCUAAGUUGACGGCCAUUGCUGCUAAAUUCAAGGAUCCCGUCUCUCCAAAUAUCAUGGCUCUCGAAGAGAUUGCAAUCGAAUCGGAAAACAAUCUUGUUGUAACCAGAAUCCAAAACAAUCUUUUCCACCUGGUUUCCCUGUUUCUUCAAGGACAAAAAUCUCUCAUUACUUUAGAUUGGUUUAUGAAAAAUUUCGUGAAUCCUGCCAUCCCUCUGGACGCUGUUAGGCAAGAAAUACUGAGCUAUUUCGAAAGAUUUGUUAACGAGCAUCCUUUGGAAAAAGAACAAUUAGUUACCCUCCUAACAAUUAUCAAGCCCGUGAAUCAAUUCAAGCAAGUAUUUGCAGAUGCUUUGAUGGUUGCCGCUCUGAUUGGGAACGACUCAACAUUUCAGCAACAAGCCAGCGAAGUGUGGCUCAAACUAUUGACCACCACGGAUGACUGGAAGUCUAUUUGUCUUACAAGUGAGACAACAGACAUGGUUAACAAGACUAGAAUCCGGGAAACUACGUUGUUUCACACACUCAGUCUUGUUUCGUUUAACAAAGAUAUCAUGCAAAUGUUGGACAGGGUCCUCCAAUCUGUUGAAGAGGGCAAUGAUAAUGAACGCUCGCCUUUACUACAAACACUCUACGAUUUGGUCCACAACAACAAUCUUGCAUCCUGGGUGGAUAGUAUCAAAGCUGAAGUUCGCCAAAACUAG